AAGCAGGUGCACCGAGGACCCUCGCGCUCACUUUUUGCAUAUAUGUGUAUGAUAGAAUUUGGAAAACACAUCGGUGCAAAUUGAAAGGCUGUGUCAUAAUAUCUUUUGUUUUUGUGUUUGUUGGUUUGUUUUUAUUUAGGUUUUUUUUUGCGAGCUGGUUAUCAGAUGAAUCCAGAAGCCAGAGAAUCCCCCGCCCUUCUCUGUUGGUCUCCACCCUGUGGAGCAAGCAGUGGGCACACCUCGCAAAUGGAGGGCGCGCUUACUCCCCGCAAAUGGGCAAUAGAAAACCGAUGCCUGUGCAAUCCCCAAAAUGCUCUAUAACUCUUGUAAUGGCUACAGAUCCUAAAGUGUGAAACUAAGUUGUUUACUUAAAUGUAUUCAUCUGAAAAAUGCUGACAGGAUGUGUUCAGAUUUGCCUCACUUUUGCCUCACCGGUUCAACUGAAGGACUGAAAGGUUCCGCGGAGGUUAAAAGGAAUGCCAGAGCAAACUAUGAUAACAAAAUAAGGAUUUUCUGCGACAACGAGGAUCUCAGUCAGCUAAAAACAGGCGAAAGUCCUGCCUACAUCCUCAAGUAUCGAUGGCUAGUUUAUACUGAUGAAGAUGAGAGCCCAGAGAAAGUUUGCAACUGCUCAGCAAUCCUGCAGGGAGAGAAGGAGGCAUUGCUGGAAGCCAAAUUACUGACCAUCACCAACAACUUCCAGAAGGUUAUUCAGAUCCCUGAUGAGUAUUACAUCAAUGCAACCCAAGACUGCAGGAAAUUCCAAAAAAGUAGGAAAUACAUAACAUUCCCGUUAAGCAAGGAAGAAGAGGACUUUCCUCUGGCUUACUCUAUGGUUGUCCAUCACAAGGUGCAGAACUUUGAGCGACUACUGCGAGCUAUUUACGCACCUCAAAAUAUUUAUUGUGUCCAUGUGGACAAAAAAGCACAGGCCUCAGUCUUUGCUGCCAUCAAAGCCAUUACUUCCUGUUUCUCAAAUGUGUUCAUGGUCAGCAAAGCUAUGAAUGUGGUCUACACUGGCUGGACACGUGUCCAGGCUGAUCUUAACUGCAUGGCUGAUCUCUAUAAUACCAGUACAACAUGGAAAUACUUCAUCAACCUCUGUGGUCAGGAUUUCCCUCUAAAAACUAACUUGGAAAUUGUGCAAGCUUUGCGUGCACUAAAAGGAGGUAACAGUUUGGAGUCAGAGGAAAUGCCUCAAGGAAAGAAGGGAAGAGUGUCUAAUGCUCACCGAGUAGUUGAUGGAAAAGUCCAGCCAAUAGGAAAAACAAAGGAUCCAGCUCCCUUCAAUCUGCCCAUACUAUCAGGAAAUGCCUAUAUUGUGGUCAACCGAGGUUACGUUCGCAGUGUGUUUGAAGACAAGCGAAUACAGGCCCUCAUUGAGUGGGCCAAAGACACCUACAGUCCUGAUGAGUUUCUGUGGGCAACAAUACAACGAAUACCUGGUGUUCCUGGCUCAACAUGGCCCAACCGUAAAUUCGACAUGACGGACAUGAAUGCAAUUGUCCGGAUGGUCAAGUGGCAGUGGCACGAGGGGUCAGAGGGUUCCCUGCAAGCAGUAUACCCAGAAUGUAAAGGCCACCAUGUCAAAUCAGUAUGUGUGUAUGGUGCUGGAGACCUGCAGUGGUUGAUUGAACAGCAUCACCUUUUUGCAAAUAAGUUUGAUGCAGACAGAGAUCCCAUUGCUAUCUACUGCUUGGAGAAAUAUCUGAGACACAAGGCACUGACUGAGUUAGUUUAGGUGGAGUCAUCAUCUAUUACUAAAGAUAAUUCCAAUAGACACUUAAGUAUAAACACAUUCUUUUGAUGUUUAUUUUAAAUUAAAUUGCUAAUAUCAAUAUUAUUUGUAUUAUUAGUAUUAAAAUGAUUUAGGUUUAGGCUGUAAUUAUGUAGAGGACAAAAUACACAGAGAACAGGCAGGGAAGUUGAUUGCAGUCUAUGUAGAAAGAAAAAUCUGGGUAAAUGAUUUAAUUUCCAGAAGAACUUCAACUCUAAACCUUCAGCCGAACCUACAUUAAUAUAUCAAUAUGACCAAAAAUACUCUGAACUAUGUGCCCGUGUAGCUUGCAUAGAUAUAAACAUGAAAUAUAUGCAGUUUUGAGAUGUUCUUCAAUUAAAUCAAAUUUUAUUUACAUGGCCCUUGAAACACCACAACAGUUACCAAUAUUAGAGACACAACCCCAACAACUAGGCGACCACCGCAACACUGGGAAGGAAGAAAUAGAAACAGGCUCUGGGAGUGUCUGUCUGCACUUCCUCCCAAUGUACAAAAAUAAAGCCAAAAUCUUUUCUUUUUUUAAACAUUAUGUUUAUUGACUUUUAUAUUACAGAACAAGCAAAGAAUAAUAGUACAGUUAACAUGCGAUUUAUAUUAAAGAACAUAGUCCCCAAAAUAAACAAAUAUAAAUUAAAAGAAACCAAAAUCUUUUCUUUAUGGGAGCUGCUAUGCUGCACUUUUGGAACCAGAGCCUGCACAAGAGAGUGGCAGUGUCAUGCUCACUCCAUGGACAUCAUUGGUGUGUCACAGUAAUUUCAAACUAAAAACAUGAAACAACUAAUGCUACAGAUCAACGCUGUUACUUUAAUCUCACAGUGACAGAAAGGGUGACAGCCUUGUAAAAACUUGAUAUAAAGACUUACUGAGGUGCUAAAUGAGAUGAGAAACCUUGCUGUAAAAAACUAUUUCAAAACCAUGUUGGCUGUUCUGUUUUAUGUCUGUGUGCAUGUGAACAGCAGACAGGAUUUAAUACAUGUUGAAGCAGUAAUGGAAAUAACAUGCUGAAUUCAUGGUUUCUACUCAUUUUAGGACUACAUGUAUGAAGACAAAUACUUGAUGUAUGCUGUCUGUUGUUUACCUACUGUGACAUCAUUUAAUUUGAAAAUACUUCAAUAAAUGUUUUAACCUAAAUUACAUCUCCUGUGAGGUUGCUGUGGCCUCUUGGCUGUCUUACAAAAGUAUAUGGAAAUAAACAUAGAACAUUCAAAUUCAUUCCUCUAAUUUGUUUUUGAUUAAAGUACGGAUAAUGGUAAUAGAAGUCUAUCAAUAUAAAACAAACAAACAACAAAAAAAAAAACAAACAAAAAAAAAAACUUGCCAGCAUUAUAUUAGUCAGUGAUUAAAUAAAUCCAAUAAGAUAUGAGAUGUUUAUUUUAAAACUGUUGCAAUGUUUUCAUAAUAGCAGACUGAGGGAACAGUUGAGUUGGAGCUAGGCCUGGGGAGGGUGCCACAGGGCCACAAUAUUGUGUGAUCAGGGGUGGUACCUCUGGAUUGGCAGACCGGGGUGGUGGUUCCCAUCUUUAAGAAGGGGGACCGGGGGGUGUUCCAAAUAUAGGGGGAUCACACUCCUCAGGCUUCAAGGGAAAGUGUGCUGGAAAGGAGAGUCUGGACCUCAGAGUCAGGAGAGUCGUAGCUCAGAUACAAGAGGAACAAUCCAGUUUUUGUCCUGGUCAUAGAACACCUGACCACUUAAGGAUACUCGUGGGUGCAUGGAAGUUUACCAAUUAGUCUACAUGUGCUUGGGGAGUAUGGGGUGUCUGAUCCAUUACUACAGGACAUUUGAUCCUUAUACAACUGUUACAAGACCUUGGUCCACAUAGCCGGCAAUAAGUCAGACGCAUUUCCGGUGUGUGAUGGGCUCCACCAGGGCUGCCCUUUGUCACAGAUUCUGUUCAUAAUUUUUAUGGACUGAAUUUCUACGCGUAGCCAAGUGGCGAAGGGCUUCCACUUGGGUGGUCUCAGAAUCUCAUCUCUGCUUCUCGCAGAUGAUGUGCAUCUGUUGGCUUCAUCAAGUGGUGGCCUCCAGCUCGCACUGGAAUAGUUUGCAGCUGAGUGUGAAGCAGUGGGAAUGACAAUGAGCACCUCAAAAUCUGACAUGUUUCAUCAUUUACAUGCAUACUAUGUGUAAUAAUUUAUUGGGAAGGAUCAACUCAAAGUGUUGCCAUAGUGUUGAAUGUCUUGCACUAUCUGUAGCUGACGCUGAAAUGUUUGUGUGGGUUGCCAUGACAACACCAGUCUGAGAUCGUUAUAUUAUUAUUUGGUACUCAUGUUUGUGCACACUUGCAGUAGAAACAGAUAAUCUAUGAGUCCAGUGAUACAUGUUUAUUAUAAAAAAAACUUUCUGUUAAAAAUGAUUGGGAAGUAGUCACUUCCUGUGAGUCACGGGAACCGGAAGCUGUGCGUGGGAGAGACUAGACAGAACGGUGUAUAGGAAUUUCUUUCACUUAUGUAUUAAUCACAUUAUUUUGUAAUGCCUUGGUGCCACUGGAUUUUAACAUGUCUGACACUCAUACGUAAGACAAAUGGUAGGGGGUGUAGUAAGGAUGUUGGGGGAAACAGGAACUCCACAGGACCAGUCUUUUGUCUCUUCGAGGACCCUGGGAGGUAGCAAGGGAGUGUGAACCUUAAGGUGUGAAACAGCUGUGUACUGCCUUUUGUUCCUGGAGAAAGUAUUUAACUGAGAGCCAUGCUAGGCUCAGGGAGACUCUGCUGACCGUCUGUCCCGCGCACAUGCAGGGGCUCCAUCAAGCUUGGUUGUCUGUUUCUUUGUGUGUUUGGAUUAAAGAAUGUUCGCUACGCUCGUCUGCAGGCUUUAUUUAAGUGAAAAACUUCCACAACAACGGUAACACAGCAGACUUUUCUGAAUCUACAACUUUUCUACUACUGGUUUUACAAGGCGUACACGAUAAAAACAUUAUGCUGUUAUUUGUUAAGCACUUGUGCACUUUGUGAAAAGAAAUAAGUGGCUGAGAUGGAUGCCAUAUGUGCUAUUGAUAUUAUUUUACUUGUUUCUAGUUUUCACGGUGCUCCAUGAUUGUGAGAGGAAUAGAAAAGAAUUGUGGACAUCAGAACGAAGCUGGAUUCUUUUGACCUUACGUAUGUUUCUGCCUCUCCUGACUUCCUCCUGCAGUACCACAGUACUUGUCUUGGUACCAUAUUGCACGCUUUCUCUCAAUCGACACAGACACAGUGCCAUUCCUUCUGAUAACAAUAUGUUUGAUGCAGACAGAGAUCCCAUUGCUAUCUACUGCUUGAAGAAAUAUCUGAGACAUAAGGCACUGACUGAGUAAGUUUAGGUGGAGAGUUCAUCAUCUAUUAUAAAAGACAGUCCACAUGGAUACUUAAACUAUAAACACAUUCUUGGGUCAUAAUUGUCAUGUGGACAUAGAUGUGUUAUACAAGUUGAGGAUGUAGGUAAAAUAUUAAUUUCAUUGUUACGUUGUUGGUUUUUUUUGUCUAUUUAAAAUUUAAUUAUUAUUAUGCAUAUUUAUAUUUGAGCAGACAAAUGUUGCUAAUCUAGCAUGGCAUGUGAAAGGUUCAUAACUCUAUCUCCAAAAGUUGAUUCUGUUCAUCUGGACGUAGCGUUUUGUGGGAGAAACGUUUUGUCUCUCAUCCAAGUGACUUCUUCAGUCUCAGCUGAUUACACUUUGUUAGGCCACUAUCCUAAGACAUGAUCAACUUGGGUGUCCCACCUGAAGGCUAAGCUUCUGCUAGUUUAGCUUUUAGAGUCACUGAGGGAUGCAAGCCCCUGACAACGUUAAGGUGGCAAUCCCUCAGGGGGAAACCAGAAAAACAAAACAACAAAAAAUUAAAUAUCGCUCAUCAGAUUCUUCUAACAACUAAAAACAUAACAUUUACCUUAAUUGUGUGGCCUAUAUCAAAUAUAUUCAAGCCCAACUGUUAGGUUGAAAUUGUUACAUGUUGCCAAUAUUGUACUUAAAUUUGUAAGCCUUGCCUUAAACUGUAUGAUCAAAGACAUUCUUCUGUUUCUGUCCUCCUCCCCGGGCUCAAUGGUGGGGGAGGUAAUUAGUUAUAGUGUUUAACUGCAGACAUUGCAUGUAAGGUUCUGGAUGUCCUUAUUUAGUGAGGAUGUUUUACUUCUUGCCCUUUAUGUCCUCACCUGUGCUUGCACCUGUGCCA